CUUGGUGGGCGCGGUUUUGGAACAGCCAUGUCUUCUCUAAUUUUGACAGUGCUUGAGUUUAGAGUAUGGUUAUACUUUUGCUUAGGGUAAGUUAACACGUCUCUUUCUACAAUUUUUAAAUGCUUCUUAUCACGAAGGGAAUUAUGUUUGUAUGGAUAGUGAAUUUUGCAAAGGCUUUUGUACUUGUUGUUUUUAUGUCUAACUACCAACUGUUUAUUCUUAAAUAAAAACAGCAGGGUAAUUGCUUUUCUUACUGGUGCUCCUGAUUAUGAAGAUGGUCAACUAGACACUAAGAGAUAUGGUGAGUAAUAUGCUAGCAAAGGGGAAGAUGUUGACCUCAUGUUGCUCCCUGAGCAGAUACCUUCCUAUAGAGAUCCGGUAAGCUUGUGCUUCUUUUGCAGUAAAAAAAAUUCUAUCCAUUAGUGAAAUUUUGAAACAGGCCACUAUGGUGCUGUUGUUGUUCAAGCAGGAGUAUGUGUACACAUAUUUGCAGGCGAAUGCUAUCCUGAGAUUGACUUACAGUUAAUUGCUAUCCUUAGAUUGACCGAACUUCAGUACAUUACUUCUGUUCUGACUUGAAGAUGUCCUCGAAUGCCAAAUUGCUCUCAAACUUUGAACCCCUUUCAUUUUCUUCCAUGUAAAGUUUUUUUUUAAAUGGCAGUGGAUGUUGAGUAAUCUAUGCUAGCAAUGUGAUGUUAGAAAAGGCGUAUUUCUAGACCUGCUUGUAAAUUACUCCACACAAACAAGUGCAUUUUUCUAGACCUGCUUGUAAAUUACUCCACACAAACAAGCAAAUUCAAUAGACAUUUUUACAAGAAUUCAGUAGAUUUCUUCCCAUGGUUGCUAUUUGUUUCUCUUGACCCCUGGUAAUUACUCUUGGCCCCUGGUACUCCAAGAAGACUAUGCAGUUAUCCUAGACUAUUGCAAUCAUCCUUUCAGGUAGCAAUAGCCUUUUUUGAUUUAAAAGCCUGGCUACCAUGGUCCUUGGGUAUAUUUCAUUCUGUGUGCUAACUAGAGAAGACAUGGCAUGCAUGCAUGCACAUAGGCUGUACUUGUUGAACAGGGGAUUUUUUACCUGGAAAUAUUGGUUUACUCUAAUCCACCCAAACUCAGUCUUCAUUUUACUGAAUUUAGAUUAGAUGUUGACUUGUUUCUACCGGGAGAAGAUGUUGGUUUAUUCUUUAUUUUGAUUGUUGUGGUUGCUCGACAAGUUGCCUCUCAGAUUAUUGCUCUCAGUGCAAACUGGAGUAGAUUAAUUAAUUUGGAGUGUGUGGUCUGUGGUGGGCUCAACUCUUCCUCCUGAUGUUGUAAAAAAAUCUUGUUCCACUGGAUGGAUGGAGCCUCUUUUUUCAUCUGAAAGACACCCCACAUUUCUGAAGAUAGAUACACCUACAGUUUCAGCAGUGAAGUAGUACCACACUCUGAUCUGAUCUGUUUCCAAUUGUAAUAAAAGUUGGUUAUUUACUUAUCAGCUGAGUACAAGUAGUGGAGAUUGACUAGUUGUUUCCUUGUGCAAGGUUCACAGCAAAAAACUGGUAUUGAAUUCGCCGCCGGCUCCGAGACCUCGACCGGACGGACGAAAGGCGGAUUGAAAUCAUUGCUAUGGCGCCGUAUAUUAUAUGCAGUCCCACGUUUUCCCCUUCCUUUAUUUAGGUGAGCAUCAUCACAAAACAUGCAUCGUCAGACAGGUGUAGGUUGACUGAAUAUUGACUGAAUAUUGGGCAGGUGAUAUUGAUCUGAGCAGGAUUUGUUUUUAUCUCUGAAUUUGUAUGAUAUGUGAACCCCAAAACAUGCAUCGUCAGACAGGUGUAGGUCGAUGCCCCUCCAUUUUUCACAUCACAGACUAGACUAGGUGAUCAAUUUCUUUUUAAAUGCUAGGAAAAGGGGAGGUGUUCACCAUUCUAUAGAGAGCAGAAAGAUUGAUGGCUAGGGAAACUCAUGGAGAAAAGAAGACAAAGUUCUUCACUCUGGCGGCAGCACGGGCAGACGAGCAGCAGUAGUACGGGUAGACGAGCAGCAGCAGUACAGGCAAAGGAGCUCCACCGGCGGCAGGGGACAAGCAGCCGCACGGGCGCGCGGGCAGGGGAGAAGGAGCAGCACGAGCUUGCGCGGGAGAUUGAGGAAGACGCGCGGGAGAUUGAGGAUCACACGCGCGAGCUCCCGGUCCACUGGAUCAUGGAGGCAGGCUCCGGCGACGCCGGUAGGGGAUCGCGGCGGCGCACGCGUGGGAGCUCCAGCAGGAUGCGCGGGAGCGCGAUGGAUGACGCACGCGAGCUUGAGGAGGAUGCACGGGGGUUCCAGGAGGGACGCGCACGGCAGGAGAUUCCGGCGAAGCCCACAGGCAGCGGGAGGGGACCGCCGGCGCAGGUCUGGGCUGCGGCAGCAGAGGAGGUAAUUGGCGACGACGGCGAGAGCAGGUACUUGGCUACGGCGGAGGAGCUCAGCUGGGCUCGCCGGCCCCUGGCGAAUCACGCAGCUGGGUGGCGCCGGCCCCUGGCGACGCGCAGGCGACGGGCGGAGGAAGAAGACGGGGCGGAGGGGCUUGUUUGAAACACUUUUCAAACCACGAGGGGUUUUUUGUAAAAUUAUCAGUGAACUACGCCCGCGACAUGUUUUUCGGGACGGAGGGAGUACAAGUUAAUAUUUUGAAUACAUGGUCAACAUUUUUUA